GAUUCUCUGGUCUAUUUAACAAGGUCUUCUCUUGUGCAAGAUUGUGACUUGGAGUUUCUUAUUUCUUUUAAUAAAAAGCCAGAAGAGUGGAAAGAGAUGAGCUCAGUGAAACUCUGCUCUGUAAAGCUGAACGAUGGGUUCUUCAUGCCCAUGCUGGGAUUUGGCACCUCUGCUCCUAAUAAGGUUGCUAAGAGUGAGGUGCAAGAGGCUGUCAUGAGAGCAAUCGAUGUAGGCUACCGCCAUUUUGACUCCGCUUACUUGUAUCUAAAUGAAGAAGAGAUUGGGAGGGCCAUCCGGAAGAAGAUCGCUGAUGGCUCUGUGAAGAGAGAGGACAUAUUCUACACUUCAAAGGUGUGGGGAACCUUUUUACGUCCAGAAUUGGUUCGAACCAGCUUGGAAAUAUCGCUGAGGAAACUUCAGUUGAGCUAUGUGGAUCUUUAUCUUAUACAUAUCCCAGUACCUUUGAAGCCUGGGGAAGAGCUCUUCCCAAAGGACGAACACGGGGAACUCAUUUUCGACACAGUGGAUCUCUGUGCCACGUGGGACGCCAUGGACAAGUGUAAGGACUCAGGGCUGGCCAAGUCCAUCGGGGUGUCCAACUUCAACCGCGAGCAGCGGGAGAGGAUCCCGGACAAGCCCGGCCUCAAGUGCAAGCCCGUGUGCAACCAGGUGGAGUGUCACCCUUACCUCAACCAGAGCAAACUGCUGGGGUUCUGCAAGUCCCAGGACAUCGUCUUGACUGCGUACGCGGCCUUGGGGUCCAACUCAGGGAAGGAAUGGUUGAGCAAGAACAACCCAGUUCUCCUGGAGGAUCCAGUACUCAGUGCCAUUGCUGCAAGGCAGGCAAACCCAGCCCAGGUGGCCCUGCGCUACCAGCUGCAGCGGGGGGUGGGGGCCCUGGCCAAGAGCUUCAAUGAGGAGAGAAUUCGGGAGAACUUCCAGGUUUUGGAUUUCCAGUCGACACCAGAGGACAUGGAAAGUCUAGACAGUCUAAACAGGAACAUUCGCUAUUUUGUAGAUCCGUUAUUAAGCCGUCAUCCGGAUUUCCCAUUUUCUGAUGAGUGUUAACGGCAUUGUCUGUGCUCCUUCCAGAGUUCUUUGAUUUGGUUCGAUGAUUGGCAAACACCAGGCACUUGGUUUAUCCCAUUGCUGCCUCAUCAACCACGGUGUGACUCCGCAGGUUAGGAAAUGAAAGUCUCUAAACCAGUCUUUUCCCUCCAAAGUAAAUGAGAAUACGUUUCAAACAACCUAACCUAUCAAUGCCCUGACUUUUUAGUCUGUUUUGCUGUUUCCUGUGUCACUGAGGUUAAAAUGCUGAUAUGCACUGAAGUGAUCACAAGGAAAAUAUAAAUCCCUAAAAAAAAACUAACCAUUUAGUUAUUUCCAAAGUCUAGCUUUUUACUUGUUCAUAAGAAUUUUUUUCUCUUUGGCUCUGAGAAUUUACCACACUUACACAAUUUUAUCAGACCUUUUAAAGGGAUCUAAAACUCAAUUCAUAGGUAAUAUAAAAGCUGUCAUAUUUCCACAAAAAAAUUAGUCAUAAUGCCACAAACAAGGAAAGUGUCAAGCUGAAUGAAAAAGGACGACCAAGAUCUGAAAAUUAUCUGAUAAAGAUUUUAGAGCCACCAUUAUAAACACUGUUCCAACGAGCAAUGACAAACACACUUGGAACUGGUGGAAAGAUAGAAAGUUUCAAUAAAGAAACAGAAGACAUAAAGAAUUACAAAAUGGAAAUUUUAGAGCUAAAAAUUACAAGAAUCAAAACAAGAAACUCAAAGGAUAAACAGAGGGGGCGCCCGGGUGGUUCAGUUGGUUGAGUGUCCAACUCUUCCAUUUCAGCUCAGGUCAUGAUCUCACGGUUUGUGGGCUCAAGCUCUGAGUCAGGCUCUUCGCUGACAGUGGGAAGCCUGCUUGGAAUUCUCUCUCCCUCCCUCAAAAAUAAAUAAACUUUAAGAAAAAGACAUUAAGGGACAGAGGAAAUAACGUACUGGAAGAUAAAACAAUAUAAAUAACCCAACAGGAACAAGAGAGAGAAAGUCAGCUGGAAAAAACAAAACAAAACAACAUCCUUGUGGACCUUGAAGAAGAACAAGAGUUCUAACACUGUGUCUUUGGAGUAGAAGGAAUUUGGAGAUGUUGGUAAAAGAUACGACUUUUAAGUUAUGAGGACCUUAUGUUCGGCAUGGUAAUUACAGUUAAUGAUAUUGGACUGUAUAAUUGAUAUUUGCUUAAAGACUAGAUUGUGAGUGCUUUCACCAAAAAAAAGGUGACCAGGGGCGCCUGGGUGGCUUAGUCGGUUGAAUGUCCGACUUCAGCUCAGGUCAUGAUCUCGUGGUCUGAGUUCAAGCUCCGCGUCGGGCUCUGUGCUGACAGAGCCUGGAGCCUGCUUCCGAUUCUGUGUCUCCCUCUCUCUCUCUCUCUGUCUCUCUCUCUGCCC